AUGUCGCAGUCGAUCCCGCCGCGCCUCGCGCAGGGCUGCGAGCUUACGCCAGCCGACAUCGAGAAGCUCCGCCUGGACGUCCACGCGCUCCACUCCGCUUGGGCGCGCGUGAUCGCCUCAGGCGAGCAGUUCGACGGAUGCAAGUUUAGCAAGCGCCCGUGGUCGACCCCUAACCCUGCAGUGAAAGACCGGGGCCACAAGCCGACGCUGGUGAGAUGCAAACCUCGAUCGUUAGCGUGCACUCACUGCAACACCUGCCUCCGCUCGCACCACUCCGGCGAGGACAAGGAGAGCUUGCGACAGGAAAUCUCAGAGAGCCCUGAGAAUCAGACCGUCUGGAUCGCCAAGGUGAAGACCAAAGAAGACUUGGCCAAUGGACUUGUCCCUCGCACGUACACGAGGGGAGCGAGAAAGACGAUCACGGGUAAAGAGAGCUGCAUGCUGGAGCUCAAGUCGAACUUGGGCAUCUUCUGGCCAGAGGACUUGUGGGCGAAGCACCGCCCCGACAAGCCUGUGCUGAAAAAGGAGCUUAAAACUAUCCCGACUCUUGGGAGGGGCGUCAUCAGAGAUGAGGAAUUUGGCAGACCCAUCGGCACCACAGACGUGGCAAAAGUCCGACUCGCAGGCCCCGAACACACGUCUACCGUGUAUGAUGGACAUGAUACCGAAGAAUCUCGACGUUAUUGGGCCAUCGCGCAGAAACGCGCCAACAUCAGCUCCUCGAGUGCUACCGUGCACGAGGAAGGCCAGGCUCCGUACACCGUGCACUCCGUCUCCUUUGGCGGCACCCAGAAGAAGAAAUCUGAUGACGACGACGUCGACGACGUCUUCCAGGAGAUGCUGGAACUAUCCAUCGGACCUGGAUCUGGGAAAGUCAGUUCUGGCGGCGGCGGCGGCGGCACCGCCAGACCGCAGGCAGGAAAGAAUCGCCAGCAUAAGGGCUCCCUCGCCAUGGCCCGCCUGACCAAGGAGGUGUCAACCAGCGAGGUGGCGCUCUUGAACGUGCAGCAGAUGCUGAGGUCUUUGGCCAGCUCUGACAGCUUCGAGACGGUCACGGUGAAGACGAUCGUUGCACUCGAGAACAAACUAUCUUCCCGACUCAGCCCGGCCCUGAUCCAAAUCUACACUGAGAGCUACGUGCCCGAGGGCGGGACUGCAGCCGCUGUACCGACAGGCAUUGAUGCGUUGGGUAAGCUGCGGUCCGCGACAGAAGAGAUCGCCGCAGUGAAGCCCCUCGUGGUGGAGCUCCACUCACCUACCAAGCAUGCAGACGGCGGCAAGAAACUGUACGACCUGAUCCGCAACCUGUCAGAUGACUCCGUGGCUGGCAAAUUGACCCUCAAGUUGCCCAGCGCGCUGAUCGAGGAGAGUAUAGAUCGGGAGCUCGCGAUGUUUGCCUCUGACGGCCGUUAUGAUGAGUUCAUGUCGGUGCUGAACUGCUCUGCCCGUCAGCCAGCUCCACCAACCGACGGAUCCGAGGACCCCGUUUCACAGCGCACUGGAUUGUGUCUUAACUCUGUUGGCGCAAAUGUCAGGGCAGAUGUUCAGACCGAGAAGCUUUUGAAAUAUUUGGUGAGCAUCUUGCGGGUGGAGAACAACACUGAUGCCUUUGUCAAGUUCAUGACCAGCCUGCAGGUGGGGAGGGCGUUGUCGGCCGAGAUGAGGGCCGAGUUCUCCGACUUGGUGAAGAUCGCGUGCCCCCCGAUGGAGAUGGAGGUCGAUGAGAUGACGGCGGUAUGCGCCCGGAUCAAGGACACGACAGACCGCAGGACAUGCAAACCAAUGACGCUCCUACCAUCUGGCAUCGAAGUCAUUGCUUCAGGCGCUCGCUGGAUUGAGCAGCGGGCCAUCGACCAUACCAUCUCUGCCGAGUUCCGCGACAUGCUGUCGAACGCGGAGGCAGUCAAGCAGAAGACGAACACCUCGUCAGCUACCUACACUGUAUUCACAGGCGAUGGCAAAGGUGUCAGGCUACCCGAUGCGCAGUUUUGGCAGGUGCUCCACAAGCAGUACUGCAAAGUCAAGGACCUGGCGUCGGUGGUCUUCACGACGCGGAACAACAACGCGUUCAACGAGACAUUGUUGAUGCUGAAUUCCACGAGGGAGCUGCUGUCGUCCACAGCCAAGCGGAUCUUCGACGAUGGCGCCAGCGAGCUCGCUGCCAUCUGCCACGCGAAGUUCCUGCCCUCUAGCGGGGAGCCUGACACCGCCGCUCUGGAGGACGUGGUCACGAAGAUCGACGCGCUGCUUGCCCUGCCGAUCUACAAGGCUAGCGACAUCAGCUUGCACCACGUCGACGUUGAGGGCGGAGAAUUUGUCGCGGCCUUCGAGGCGGGCGCCGAACAGCGCCGGUCAAGCAUGGCCACGCUCAAGUCGGCUCUCCCGUAUCUGUCCGACCUCAAGUCGCGGCCGUGGAUGAGCGAUAUCUCGCACGCCGCAGCGGACUACAUCGCCGUCGUCGACGGCGACGCUACUGCCCUCGCAGACUUCAAGAAGGCUUGGCGCGCGAAGCCCCGGCAGACGGGCGAGGCGAUCCUGCAGGAGAAGAUCGCGGCGGCGGGGGAGCCCCUGGCGAAAUUCAUCGCCGCAUUCGCAGACAUGAAUCCGUCGUCUGAUUCAGAAUGGUUCAAGGCUCGCGAGGCAUUCGAUGAUGCAGCGCAGUGGGGCUUCGAAACCGUGCUCGCGUUUGAUGAGUCGACAGAGGCAUUUGACACUGCUCUUGCUGCUGCCAGUCAUCUGGGCCAAGCCUUUAUCAACCAGGUCCACCGUCUGUUCGACAUGGCGAAACAGAUGCCUGCGGGCACUGCGUCCGUGCGUCCAUUUGCGCAGCUGUGCAUUGCGCCGACGUGCGCUGGAGCCGUGGUGAUGCGCCUCAGGAUAGCAUCCUCGUCUGCUGAUCGGACUGUUGUCAUGUCGGAGCAUAUCCCCGACAUGUGUGCUAUGCGGGUUGGCCUGACGCAGCUCAUUGACGCCAUCGCCCAGCUGGGGGGGGCGCAGGUCGCCCAGGUGAUUGAGAGGGCGCGCGGGCUUGUGACUAUGAUUCGCUCCCAGACUCACAAGAAAGCUCAAUCAUCCGAGAAUGCAAUCAAGCACGAGGUGGGCGCAACGGCAGCUGCUAUGUCCGAGAGGCUGGACGCCAUCAAAUGGACAUCCGAGCUGCAGCAGCUACUUGAAGAUCCCGCGUCCAACCGUGAUGCACUCCUUGAGAGGGUCACCGCAGCGACAAUCACCCCUGUGAUUGUUGGGUCCAAGGCACUCCGCUCGGCGCUGGACACCUUGGAUGCGGAAUUUUUCCCGCCGGUGCUCGAUCAGCUGCCGCCCGAUAGCAUGGCCGCCUUCAAAGAUGACCGCGCCCGCUGGACAGCUACCCUCGAGGCGGCCAAGGCAGCCGCCAAUCAGCUGACUGCAGUAUUGGCUCUCUUCCGCCCUCUGAAAGUCGGUGAGACGAGGCAAGCGCUGGCAGAGCGCGUGCUGAAAGUCAGCGACUCGCUGCCACCCGUCAUCAGAUCGUUGCUACUUAAGGCCGCGGGUGAUUGCCCCACUGCUGCAGCUGUUCGUGAGGCCGAGAGCGCGGCCUCUUCUACGAAAGCUGCUGAGCCUCCGCCGAAAUUAUCUGACAUUGCUAAAGAGUUAGAUGCUCAGGUGGGCGGCCCUGCUAACCUGAAGAGGGCCGCGUCCAAGUCUGGAGCGACAAAGGUCGCCAGGCCCAGGAUCGAGGCCGCCACGGCCGAGUUGCGUUCUCGCCUUGGCCAGGAGUUUGAUGAUGAUGCCGCUGCGACGCCAAAGCCGAAGGCUAAGCCUAAAGCAUCUGGCAAGAAAGCAGCAGGCAACGGCAAACGCAAAGCCGCCAAGACUGCGGGUUCGAGUCUCGAUGUAUGGCUGUGCAAGUCGUAG